AUGGCAAACAAGACAUCCGAGUCGCGGAAGGCGCAGGCUUCGCCGCUGAAGAACGGCUACCUCAUCCUCUACAACGCCGUCUCCGCCAGCAUCUGGGUCAGCAUCCUCUUCCGGACCGUCGCCGUCUAUAGCAGACAUGGCCCAGCUGCAGUGCCUCUCGCCGUAGCGAGCUGGACGCUGUGGGCACAGAGUGCCGCCGGCAUGGAGGUCAUCCACUCGCUGCUCGGCGUCGUUCGCGCUCCUGUCUUGACGACUUUUGUCCAAGUCGCUGGCCGUUGCACCGUUCUAUGGGCGUACAUCCGUCCAUUCCCCCAGGUUGCACAGGAUCCCGCCUACACCGCAAUGGUCGUGGCGUGGAGCAUCGCUGAAGUCAUUCGCUACUCCUACUUCGUGUUCCACCUAAGCGACAUGCUACCCAGGGCCCUGGUUUGGUUGCGAUACAGCAUGUUCUUCGUGCUCUAUCCCGUCGGCAUUUUAGGCGAGAUCAGACUCGUCCUUUUAGCCACUGAGUUCUGGUGGUUACACAGCCAGGUCGUGCCCUACAUCACAUAUGCUGCUCUCACUCUUUAUGUACCGGCGUCAUACAUCUUAUUCUCCCACCUGAUGAAGCAACGUAGAAAGGUACUCGGGAACCCAAAGGCUUAG